GGCCGAUACUACACUUCGUUUCUUUCACCUCUGCACCUCCAUGUCUUCCUCGCUUUCCUGCGCCUCCACUUCUGCAAGCCUCCCGUUCCCCGUCUUCAAAAUCGCAAAACCAAAUCUACUAUCGAUCCCAAUUCGAUGUAUUCCAGCUAAAACAUCCCGGUUUCUCGUCUUAAGAGCUAUUCGAGAAUGGCGCGAGUAUGAGGAUGCCGUGAGGGAGAAGGACCUCGCUCGAGCCCUACAGUUUUUGAAAACGAUGAAUACCAUUCGCAAUCCUAUUCAAUCCAGUGCACCUACCUCUUCUACUCCUUAUGCACCCGCGAAACCUUCCGCGUCUUAUAUGCUGGACCUCCCCAUGCUGGAGAAGGACUGGGAAGUGUUGGACACUUGUCUCAAUGCAGAUGAUAUGAGGUUGGUUGGAAGCGCUUAUGAGUUUUUGAAAGGUCGUGGGUUGCUGGAGAACUUCGGAAAAUGCAGAAAUAUUGUUCUAGAUGGAACAAGAGAGGUCACACCAACAAUUUUAAAACAAUUUACUGGCUUGGAAGCUUCUAAGCUUGCACCUAAGAAGUGGGGUCUUUCUGGAACCUCUAGGAUUAUGUUGCUUGCAUUUUUAGGUGGCGCCAAUCUCCUGAUCUCUCAAGGAAUAGAUAUAAGGCCUAAUAUUGCGGCUGUAAUAGGCUUGGCUGCCAUGGACGCCAUUUUUCUCGGGGGAACCUGUUUUGCACAAAUAUUAUGCUAUUGGCCUCCUUACAGAAACCGAGUUCUUGUACAUGAGGCAGGGCAUGUUCUAACAGCCUAUCUGAUGGGAUGCCCUGUGAGAGGGGUAAUUUUGGACCCCAUUGUAGCAAUGCAGAUGGGGAUUCAAGGGCAGGCAGGAACCCAAUUUUGGGACGAGAAGUUGGAAAAAGAGCUAGCAGAAGGUCGACUUAGUAGCACUGCUUUUGACAGGUACAGUAUGGUUCUCUUUUCUGGGAUUGCCGCCGAAGCUCUCAUUUACGGAGCGGCAGAAGGUGGUGAAAAUGACGAAAAUUUGUUUAGAAGUAUUUGUCUUCUCCUCCAACCUCCAUUAAGCGUCCCUCAGAUGGCAAAUCAAGCACGCUGGUCAGUAAUGCAGUCCUACAAUCUUCUUAAAUGGCACAAGAAAGCACAUUUAUCUGCUGUUAAAGCCCUGCAAUCUGGCUGCAGCCUUAGCGUGGUCAUCAGGAGGAUAGAAGAAGCCAUUUCCUCUGCUACUUAACAGAAGUUCUGUAAUUGUAUGAGAUGGAAGCUUGAGAUCGGUGAAGGAGAUGAUGACAGCUUUUUAGAAGUGUCACAUGGAAGGAAGGGAUAUUGUUGAGCAGGAAGAUUGAUCCCCAAUUUAGAGGGUUGGUUUUGUAAAUACUAUUUCCUAGAGGAGGAACAUGGUCAAAGUAAAAUUGUUGCUCAUUUGGCUUAUUCAGUAGUUCCAGUUUGUUGUAUGUAUGGUUUUAGUGGCAUUUACAUACACGCCAGGCGAUUGCUAUGUAUUUACGUAUCUAACCCGCUGACAUUCAU